AUGGCAGAUCCAAGUAUCAAACUGAACGCACUUCCAAAGGGCUCACUCAUCCUCGUUACAGGUGGAAAUGGCUUCAUUGCGUCCCACAUCAUCAACCUCCUGCUCCAACUAGGUUUUAGAGUGAGAGGUACCAUUCGGGCGAAGAAACCGUGGCUAGACGAGUUGUUUCAACAGAAAUAUGGACCCAACUCCUUUGAAAGCGUGGUUAUCCCAUCUCUAGAGGAAGAGGGUCCCAUAGAUGCCGCCAUGCAAGGUGUAUCUGGUGUGGUUCAUGUUGCCAGUGAUGUCAGUUUUGGGCUCGACCCUGCAGCUGUCAUCGGCAGAGCAGUCAAAUUCAUCGAGACCAUUCUUGCGGUUGUCAAGCGACACGAUUCUGUCAAACGCUUCGUGUUGACUUCAUCGAGCUCAGCAGUCAUCAUACCAAAAUCCAACCAAGCCGGUGUCCGUGUGGAUGAGAAUACCUGGAACGAUGAAGCCGUCAAGGCAGCAUGGGACCCUCAAACUCCUGAAGAAGGGAAGGGAUAUGCUAUAUAUGCUGCGUCAAAGACAGAGUCUGAGCGAGCAGCGUGGAAGUGGGUGGAGAAGAACAAGCCCGGCUUUACCUUCAAUACAGUGUUGCCUAACUAUACCAUCGGGGAGAACUUGAGCCCUGAAAUACCAGGAUCGACAAGCGGCUGGACCCGAAAAUUACUCGAUGGCCACAGGGACAUCUUUUCUAUUUUCAUUCCUCAGUAUUAUGUGAGUGUCACAGACGUGGCUCGCCUGCAUGUCAUUGGACUUCUAGCGCCUGCCGUCGAGAACCAGAGGUUAUUUGCAUUUGCUGCAGCAUUUAACCUUACCGAAGUGAUUGGGAGAUUCCGAGCUAUGGACCCCGAAAACAAGAAGAUCCCCGAUCCGCCGCAGAACGAAGGCCACGAUUUGACUGAGGUGGUUCCUGCUCCCCGAGCUGAAGCGCUGCUCAAAGAAUAUUUUGGGACAUCCGGCUGGGAUUCACUCCAAGACAGCCUUGAAUCUUGUGUUCGUGGCCAUUAG